AUGGAAUCUCGUCUGGAGAAAGGUCCAAUUUGUGGCGUAGAGAAUUGUCGGUCGCGAUGGUACGAAGAAGGGGAAGACGGCUAUCGUUAUUGCCAGAACGGACAUCAACAAUUUGGCUUGAUUCGCGCGGCGGACGAUGAUGACUUUACCCUUGCGACAACUACGAGGACACGCAAGAAGAAGGAUGUCAAUGACCAAGUAAAAGUAGUGAAACACUUCAGUGGGCGGCAUGCUCUUGACUUGUAUCUAAAAUGCCUCCAACUCAUCUUGCGACACCAAGUGUGGUACCUAAUUAAAGAUCAAGGGCUGCCGGCAGAGCUGGAGUUUAUUGUCUUUGAUCUCUGGGCUCUUCGUAUCGCUCAAUUUGGUGAGAGAAUUGCGAGUGACAAUCGCAUCCACUCACAACCUCAAUCGCAGGUGUUCAGUACCUUGGAAACUGACGAGAGCGAGACGGACGGCGCAACAACUACGCUCCGAACGCCAAAAGGACGAGAAAGGAAGCUCGAUGGCAUUCCCAACCUCCUCGACUGUCUAGCAUUGUGCUAUCUGGGAAUCCUGACACUACGGUUGCCUAUCACACCAGGCGACAUCUAUCACUGGGUCACGGAAGGCAAACUAGCAUACAGAGGAGCGAUAAAAUGCUUGCCUCUCACGAUGCGGGACCGAUUAUCACCUUCCUAUCAUGCCACUCUCAACCCAAACGCACUUCUGAGGUACAAGCGAUUCUACGCAGCGCUCACCGAUCUACAAAUAAGCAUCACAAAAGACCAUAAGAUUGCGUGGGCACCACUUAAUCACCGACUGUUGCUUUUCCGGUACCUUAAAGAGCUAGGACUGCCACUCGAAGUCUACGACGUGACUGUUAGACUCGGUAAAUUACUUGGCUACGACUUCGUAUUCCAGCAAGAAGGAAAGAAGAAGCUUGGUAUCAGACAUCUGCCAGAAGCACAACUUGUUGGCUGUCUUAUUGUGUGCGUCAAGCUGUUGUACCCUUUCCAUGACGAACAGCGUCACCCUCGUUCAGCCACCGAGCCCACAGCAGCGGUGAUAAAUUGGAGACACUGGCACGAGCAGCUUGAAAUCAAGAAGAGGGAACAGAAAGGCGCAAAUCAACGCUUCACAGUCGAGGAUUUGACCAAUUUUGAGGAAAAUGAUAUCUUCGAUCUAACGUCUGAUAACCUUGAUCAGUAUCUCGACUUUUACGCCGAAACCUUCCUUGAUGAUGCAGAAAUCCAGCGAACGAAGAGCACAGACGACUUUCGGAAUGCAAUGUAUGGCAUGUUUCCGAUUGAAAGUGGAUCAGCAGCUCCUGCCCACCCGACCUUAGACAUGUUGCCGGAAAACGACAAAAUGGCAAUGGUUGAAGCUGUGCAUGGCUCUAUAGAGGUAAGAGCAACAGUGGAUGAUGAACACAACAAUACGGGCACUUUGAGACCUGGUCAGCUGUAUCGCUCCUACAAGAAAGAGAAAGAUCUACCGGAACAUGCUAAGGCAUUCCACGAAGAGGUAGCAAAGCUGGCAGGGCUAUCGAUGGAUAUGUUGACGAUGGCGGUGUUCUUUACAGAAGCGAGAAUCCAGAAGUGGCGGAGGACGCAGGAGGCAGACAAGCAGCGACCAGCCAGCGUUUGA